ACAGACAGAACUCCUUAUAAAUAGGUAGCACCCUUACAACUACUACCACCACCAGUGUUUGCCAUUUACACAAAACAGAUAAAUUGUGCAGCAAACGACUGCAAUGGCAAACUGUGCCACCAGAAUUAUGUGUUUUCUCUUCCUCUUCUUGGGCUUUGUCGUCCUCAGUUCUGCCGAUGAUUGCUCCGUUGAUUGGAGCUCUGAAAAUCCCGACGACUGGACUAAAACUGCUGUCUGUCCUUACGGCCAAGACCUGGUUAUCAAGUGUGGAACAACCAUUUCUUCGGUUUCGAAAGUUAGCCCGUCUGACUACUACAAUUGUCCAGCAGUCCCUUAUCCACCGACUACAACAACGAAACGGGUAGAGGACGGCCAGGUCGUCUUCAGUGAUCUUCCAUUCGAUGCACUUUCGUAUUUCAUUCCUGCAGGUAUCGACCAAUAUUGGUGUUCACAGGGGAUGAAGGCCAUGGUCCACGUCCUUCCCCCCGAUGCUGCACUUUGAAAACCUAGUUUUUCUGCUAUAUGUACAAUAAAAAAGUUCCAUCAUCAAGUUUGGAGCUUUUAAUUUACGGCUGUACCGUACGGAGUCGCUCACCAGUGCGAGGGAACUCCGUACGUGAUUGUCUGUUCUUGUUCUCUCUGAUUCCUCCUGUGUUGCUUUGUAAUGUGGUGUCGCUGUUUUAUUUAUCUCGAAUUCAGUAACUUUU